CUGCAGCGAGACUCCGCAACGAGUGCAACAUGAUAGUGAAAACAGUGGUUCUGUUGGCUUGCCACUGCCUGGUGUCAAGUGCAGCCGGAGCUCGCGAUGACGUGAUUCAGAAGUCGCUGGGACCUUCUUUCUCAGGAUCAGCUCGAGUACGGAAUGACAUCAUCAUGUACAGGCCGAGUGGCGAGGAAGCGAUGGAUGGUGGAUACGACUUGCUCGCACGUAAAACUGAGGUCCAGUGUGUGAAGUCCGGCCUGCAGUGUGCACGCGAUGGCACGACGCUCGUGGAGUGCUCUGGCUCGUUGGAGGCAGUCAGCGCGUGGGACUGUCGCAGGAUCUUCCCCAAGCACUUGUUCCUGGGCGAGGAUGCCGUGGAAGUCCUCUGUGACCCUUUCCGUGGGAGCUGCGCUGCUCUGAUUCAGGUCGCAGAGCCGGACGACAGUCGCCCAGGACCGAUGCCAGCAGACCAGAACGGUUUUCAUCAAGAGACGAGCACACCAAACAAAAUUCUUAGUUUAACAAAUGAAAAAGAUGAUUUUCCUUCCAAAGGACAGAACUUAAAUAACAAGCUUACUGCGAUUCCAGCUAAUAUUAGUACCAAUGAAACUCAAAAUAGCACUACUGAGAAUCCAACUGCUUUGUUGAAUUCUGCCAACAAGAAUGAAUUUCCAGUAGACAGUAAUUUACAAAAUGAAGGCGCAGAUUCUCGAGGGAAGGAAAAUAUUUCAAGCACAUCAGCCAACAUCACUGGCGCAGGGAACAAUAGUGAAAGCGCAAACCCGGUAGCUUCCCUGCCUUACGUAAAAUGCACGACCCUAGGUAUGCACUGCGCAGAUGCAACCACUAUUGUUGACUGCGAUGACAAGUCUUCAGAACCUCUCUUCGAACUGUCCUGUUCAUCCAUGCUGCAGUCCUCGGACAUGGAAAGCGAAUCCGGCCUGUGCGAUAACGUCACCGCCUCCUGUCUGCUCAACCUCGAAGGCGUCCCGCUUCGGAUGCGCGUAUUUCAGUCCGACGAAAGUACGGGAUCCGUGUGUCAGGACGGAACUCUGACGUGCGCGGACAACGUGACUCUGGUGGCAUGUUCCGGAGACAGCAGCAUCCCCAACUACGCCAUAAACUGUGCAGGCGAAGAGAGCAACGACAUUUUCUCCUCAUACUGCGAUGCGGAGCAGAAAGGCUGUGUGAUAAAGCGAAAAGACUCCAGCUACGAGCCGGUGAGUCAAAGCUCCGCAACACCCGUCACGCAGAGUGCGGAAACCAAGAAGCCUCCCUCGAUCGUGGCCAUACCGAGCAUGUUCCUGAUCCCGCCCCUCAUCCCACUGUCGGAGAGCGUAGGCACCACCCCCGAGGCGAGCGCGCCUCUGUGUCGAGAGGCAGGCUGGAAGUGCGCCAACUCGAGCUCCCUGGUGCUGUGCUCGACCGGGACGGAGCCGGUAGUGCAGCUGGACUGCGGCGCCGUCGACCACCCCUACUGCGACGUGAUGGCCGGCCGCUGCGUGCUGGGAGGGGGCAGCGUCCCCCAGAGCCCGUGCACCCGCCCAGGUCUGCAGUGCAUCGCCGGGCACGUGCUCGGCUGGUGCUCGGCCAGCCUGCAGGUGAGACACGCCUCGCCCUGCGAGACCGUGUGCGACCCCGACACGCACGGCUGCCAGGAGACGCCCUCCCCCGAGACCUCCCGGCAGUCCUCGUCCAGCGACGCUCCAUCCACCACCACCGCCGCGCCGGCUCAGCCCCCGUCCAGCGUCGUCCCGCCCGUGCUGCCGCUCCGCCGCGCCCUGCCCGGGCCGUGCUCCAAGCCCGGCAUGCAGUGCGUCGGGACCGACAUGCUGGGGUCGUGCGACGAGGACCUGGCUCUGAGCUACGUGGUGCCCUGCGCCAAGCUGCUUCCCUACGCUGACGCCAACUCCGUCGAGGUGUUCUGCGACAGGCAGAUCGACGCCUGCGCCAUGUCCCAGGUGCUGGCUAGUUACUCAGACUAGAUGCAGUGCAAAACUAUGCCAAGUGGCAGUUACUGAUGUGCGAAGUAAGCUCACAAGACUUUACAUGAAGGAUAUUAUAUUUUCAACACAAGCUGCAGGGAAAAAAUCAAUAAAACCUGAACACUUGUGAAUUCUUGCUGAGUGUUUUCUUUCAGUAGAAAAACAUUAAAAUAUUAAACUUCUCAUCUGAAUAUACUGUACAAAGUUAACAAUUGCAUUGAAUUGUACUUAGCUUUUGACAGGAAAUACUGUCAGAAGUCAAAGCUAAAAUGUCCAGGGUAGUUGGUAUGUACUCAGAAACCAUCAAGACUGGUUUUGGUACUAAAAAAAUUUUCAAAGCAGAUAUACUAAGUUUUUGUUUCAAAGAAACAAAAUUUAUUUCACUGACAGAAAUUUGUUUAUAGCUCAAAUUAUUUGUGGAAUUAAAAUUAUAUUAUAUAAUUAUGUAAAAUGUUACAAAAUUACACUAUAUAUGUUCCUUGAGGUAUGCAUUAUAUAAUAAAGUACCUGACUAUAUAAGUAAA